CCGUCAGUGCGUCAACCAGUCUGAGAGUUGUUGGCACCACAAGAGGACCGAAAAAUAUCGUACUGCCUACCGAGCGGACUAGUUUGUGUGUGCAGGCAGCUGUCAAAAAAAUAUAUUUCUCAUCAAGAAAAGUUUGUAUCGGUUGUGUUUUCGUUUGACAGUUGCGAAAUUUUUCCUGCUGAAAACAAAUUCACGGUAUUUCGGAUCCAAUGAGCCGAAUGUUUAGCAACCGAAGAAAUUUCUAAGAAAGCACUCACCAUUUUGUCCCAGCAGUGAUGACCUUUGCGGACCACCUUCCAUCAUCGUCGGUUCGGUUUCGGUGGGCUACUUCGACCGCAUAAUCGCGUGGAAAAGUUUGGAAGCUGCCGAAUAAAAAUCGCUUUCAAGGUGAAAUUGCGAUGUGUUUGGGAAACAUACUAAGGUGCGUUGUGUUAUAAAAAUAGAAAACUCUCAUUCCAAACGUAAACAGUUUUUGGUUCGAUCUCAAACCAGAUGCGAUAUCAGGGCAAAUUAACGAUCUGAUAAAAAAAAAAGAGGCUGCAUGUGAAAACAUUCCGGUCGCAAUCGCGGAUGGUGCAGGUGGGCACCGUCGGGCAAUCAAUCCUACAUGCGAAGGUGCGGAGAAAAAUGAAAUCCUCAUCGAAAUCGAUCCUGGCUGUGUACCUCCACUAGCAAGUACGCCGGAUUAUGAGAGUCCAGAGAAAAGUCGAAGGGUGGAAAAUUGCUUCCCCCCGUAUAGUGCCGCGUUUCGGUUCGGUGCAAAAGUGGCAGAGCUAAAAAGAGAAAGAGAGUGAAUAAGAGUGAAAAUUUUGACGUAAGAGUGUUUGAAAGGACGACGUUCGCGAAAACCAAAAAAAAAAAAUAAAUAAAUAGGAAACCGACUAAAUUGCGCUCUCCUUGUUCGACCGAAAGAAGGGAGCGGAUACAACUGGGCCGAUGCCACACUAGCUGGAGAGAAAGUUACUGUUCUGUCGUAUCCUGAUACCGCUGACACAAAGCACUGAUAACGAAGUGCGAGUGCACGCGACCUCAAGGCAGCAUUUGUUGGCGUAGACGUAGGCGACACAGGAAAAUUAAUUGUUUUCAAACUGCGAGAACAUAGUCGUGAUCCCAUCAAAGAAACAUAGAUAAAAACACGCUUGGCUUCAUCACAUUAAAAACAUCAAAAUUGGAUCGCAAGUUUUGUACUCCGAUAAAACAAUGUGGUGAACGGGCAAAAACUAGGCCACAGCUGGUCUAUAGAGAAAACAUCCAGCACAUUCGUAUCGAAUCGUAGUAUCCAACAAACCUCUAGUAGAAGCAGCAGUAGAACCACCACCACCACCACCACCACCACAACCUCAAACACUAGGGGAAGCUAGGGAAACUGAUGAGCGACAAGGUCAUCAUCAUCAGGGACACGUCAGCCAUGCCGACGACCGUGGGUUCGGUCGCAUCUGGAGCAGUUUCCGCUAGCCAUCACGAGCUAACCGAAGUGUCCGUGGUGGACAUUAACGCCUCCCUGGCCGCAUCUGCGCCACUUCUGCCGACAUCGAUUAGCGGUUCGACAGGCGGCCCCGUAUCUGUGCAACCGGCGGCGGCGGCGACGGCUAUUCUUACCGGCGGUGGAACUGCCGGCCUCGGUAAUCUAUUCAAUAUGGCCAACAGUGGCGAAAUGACGGCCGUGGCGUACAACUCGUACACUCAGAACGUGCGCUGCAAAUCUCCCCCUACUCUGGUCGACAAUCUCAAGAACGGGACGAUCGGAAACUCUCAAGGAGCUCUCUGCAAUGGAUCCAUCAUGACAAACGGUCAAACCAAGGAAUCAAACCUGACUCACGGGCUAGUGAGAAAGGUUCUAAACAGCAGUGAAAAUGGCCAGAAAAAAGGCAUGGUGUCACUCACACAUCUACCAAAGAGACCUCCGAUCGAUAUCGCGUUCAACGAGCUGGCCUAUUCGGUAUCGGAGGGCACCAAGCGCAGCUACAAGACAAUACUCAAGGGCAUCGAUGGGAAGUUUCGCUCCGGCGAGCUAACCGCCAUCAUGGGACCGUCCGGGGCCGGCAAAAGUACACUCAUGAACAUUCUCGCCGGAUACAAAACAUCCCACCUGAUUGGUUCGGUGCUAAUCAACGGCAAGGCACGGAACCUGCGCAAAUUUCGCAAACUGUCCUGCUACAUCAUGCAGGAUGAUCGGUUAUUGCCGUACCUGACGGUACGGGAAGCGAUGAUGGUAUCCGCCAACCUGAAACUCGGCAAGGACAUUUCGGACGAUCUGAAACGGGAAAUCGUCGAGGAAAUCAUCGACACGCUGGGAUUGCUGGAGGCGGCCAACACCCUGGCGCUGAAUCUUUCCGGUGGUCAGCGCAAGCGGCUAUCGAUCGCCUUAGAACUCGUGAACAACCCACCGGUCAUGUUUUUCGACGAACCAACCAGCGGCCUGGACAGUGCGACCUGUUCGCAGUUGAUCUAUCUGCUGAAAUCGUUGGCUCGCGGCGGUCGGACCAUCGUCUGUACCAUCCACCAACCGUCGGCGAGGAUAUUCGAAAUGUUUGACAACUUGUAUGUGCUGGCGGAAGGCCAAUGCAUCUACCAGGGGCUCGUGAAUGGACUGGUUCCGUUUCUGGCCUCUCUGGGACUGGAAUGUCCCAGCUAUCACAACCCGGCAAAUUAUGUGAUGGAAGUUGCCUGCGGUGAACACGGCGACUGGAAUAGUAAACUAGUGACGGCCGUUAACAAUGGCAAAUGUAACAACUACAACCAACCAGUACUAGCUCAAGCCAAACCCCAGAAAAACCUAGCGUUAGGGACCGUUAGUGAUCAGGGAGCGGAGAAAAUUGUCACUGUUUCAUCGUUGGCGGCUAGCAAAGACGAUGAUCUGGCGAAACCGUUGGCGGUGGAGUUUACCGCGAUCAAUAUGCCGCCUACAGAACCCCAGCUAAACAAUGACAGUAAAUUCGUAGCCCCCCUAGUAAAUACUAGCACUAGCAGUAGUAGUAAUAGUAAGCCAUUGAAUGAACCCGCCAAUGCAACCGCCGUGACCAGCACCGGUACAGUCAGUAGCGGCGGAGAAGCGGCGUCGACUUCGCUGAAACCCACCUGUACAACGUCGCUGUUGGAUUCAACCGAAAGCGUUAGUAUUACCGUACCGAAGAAGUUAACCGGUUUUCCGACGUCCGGCUGGAUGCAGUUCUGGAUACUGCUCAAGCGCACCUUUAUCACGAUUAUGCGCGAUCAGACCCUCACGCAGAUGAGACUGCUGUCACACGUGAUCGUGGGUGCCAUCAUCGGGAUGAUCUACUACGACAUCGGGAACGAGGCAUCGAAGAUUAUGAGCAACGCGGGCUGUUUGUUCUUUACCACCAUGUUCACGAUGUUCACGGCCAUGAUGCCAACGAUUCUCACCUUUCCUACCGAAAUGGCCGUCUUCGUGAGGGAACAUCUCAACUAUUGGUACUCACUAAAGGCAUUCUAUUUCGCGAAAACCGUGGCCGAUCUGCCCUUUCAAGUCGUGUUCACCAGUGUGUACGUAAUCGUGGUGUACUACCUGACGUCUCAACCGAUGGAACCGAAGCGGGUCGGCAUGUUCGUACUGAUUUGCAUCCUAACAUCGCUGGUAGCGCAAAGCCUUGGGUUGCUGAUCGGCGCCGGAAUGAGCGUAGAAACUGGGGUUUUCCUCGGUCCCGUGUCCACCAUCCCCAUCAUCCUGUUCUCCGGAUUCUUCGUCAACUUCGACGUCAUUCCCAGCUACCUGCAAUGGUUGACGUACGUCAGUUACGUGCGGUACGGUUUCGAAGGGGCGAUGGUCACCGUGUACGGUCUGAAACGGGAAAAGCUGGACUGCAACGAGAUCUACUGUCACUAUCGCAAUCCGGAAAAGUUCCUGGAGGAGAUGUCGAUGGAUAAAGCCGAGUACUGGAUCGAUGCCACUGCGUUGUUUGGGUUCUUCAUCGGGCUACGGAUCGUGGCCUACUUCGUGCUGCGGUGGAAACUUCAUUCUAUCCGUUAGGUUAGUUCUGACAGAAGCAUCUAGCGCGAUGAGUAUUCGGCGGCGGUCAUAGUCCUAUUCAACGCCCGAAUGUAGCUUAUAUACAGCCCGAAAUCCAUCACUCAUUACUCCACUUUUAAGCAAAGUUUACAACGUAGAUAGGUUGUUAAGUAGAAAUGAUCAUUUUUCAGUCCGAACAUUUUUAUAUACACAAAGUAAUAAUAUUUAAAGUAACAGAACAACAAACGUAACAAAUGUCGACCGAAUUUUUGAGGAAGAACCAACGUCCAAUUUUUCGUUGAUUUAGUGUAUGCCGGUAAUCUGCGUCCAGGCGUGUUUAGAAUACGCAACGCCACCCAACAUUUUUCCACCAGCAAGAGAACCAACUGGAAAAGGAAUCAUUUCUACUACAACCGCAAACCGGAAACACGAUAGCGUAAUUGUGAGCAAGCAUAAAUCAAUUCACACCCACAUAUACCCACUUGAGAACAACUCACUUAGCGAAAACAAUAAUCAUUCUUAUAACAGGCUUUAGGAAAUAGAAGGAAAAAAAAACAAACAGAAUCCCAGCUGAUAUACUAGUAUGUAAUGUAUGUAAUGCUACCCUCGAACGGAAGGCGAAAGAAAAAAAAAACAAAGAACAUCAACAACAAAAAAAACGCAAAACUUUAAAAUCAAAAAGUAAAUAUCAUUUUUCGCUGUCGGUGCAUUUCGAACUUUUCGAAAGUAAAAAAUUUGGUGUAUAAUCCACGAUUGCACCAGCUUAAUGCAGAUACCAGAAACAAACAAAAAACAUAACCGAAAACAGAUAAAAAAAAAAAUCUUGAGCCAAGUCGGUUGUUGGAUGCAGCAGCGCAGACGAAACGAUAAAUUGAAAUAUUUGUGUGAUAGAUGGUUCAAUUAAAUUGCGACCGUUAAGUUAUUUUCUAAGUACCAAAUUGUAUCAGUAUAUAUCGGUCUAAAGUUUAAGCGAUUGCCGACAUAUUUGACGCAAAGGAAUCUACAUUAUAUUUUUUGAAAAAACUGGAAAAUGCUUAUUUAUAGGAUUACUCACUCACCUGUGAAACCGGGAACUGUUUUGUUCCCGCCGGUUUGGUUUAUUUAAUCAUCUUCAGAAGUGCAUUGAGUAUGUAUUUAUUCAGGAAGAAGAGAAAAAAAACCCUGACCCACGCUUGUUUGAAUAACCUUCAAACUGUACAGGGAAAGGGGGAAGAAAACGGUUACUGCGAAACAAUUCAGCCACUAAUUAUUUACAGUGCUCCAUAUGCUCGAAUGGCAGGAAAACCGAUCGAAUUAGGAUUUGUGUGCUCUGCCAAAGCAGAGUUCGUUUCGUAAGGAUAACAAAGGGUAUGCUCUGUCGCACCGUUGAGGAAACUGGAUAGAUAAGAUUUUUGGUAAUUUUUAGCUGCGAAUUAGUGUGAUACGAAACUUGAUUUCAUCAAUUUUUAAUAAUAAUAUAACAAACGAGA